GCCUGGGUGGGAAGGGAGGCGUUUGGGCUGCCUCUAGGAGAGGCUCCAAGGCUCAUCGGGGCCAUGGUCUGGCCGCGGGCCGUCUAGGACCGGAGGGGGGUGGGGUGGAAGGUUAGAGGCGGCCUGGGUGUCCGGGGAGGGGGGUAGGGCGUGAGGAAAGAGGUAAUGAAGUUAACAUAAAGAGAAAACCUAGUUAUGCUUGUAAGGAAUCAGACCAGUGACAGGGAUUUGGUGUGAAAAGAUGGUAGCAAAUGGAUAUCCUUGGAGGGGAGAUUUAGAGUUGAGGGCGAGGUCCGAGUGUGGAGAAUGGGGUUACGUUAACGUGAAAAGGAGUUAAACCAAAGGGGGGUGGAUACCACUGGAAUGGGCUGAGAGGAGUCUCUGUGCAUAGGGUUAUGUUAUGUAAAAAGGGUGGGUGUCCCCAGGAUAGGUUGGGUAGAGGUAAUGUUUUGAAAAGUAGGGAAUUCGGUCAGAUGAAGAGUAGGAAUUGGGUAUCGGUGUGCUGGAUGGGGGAGGGUCUUGGUAUCUCUGGAAUGAGAAUGAGAUGUUAGGCUGACAAGAAGUUAGGGGUCUGGGUAUCCCCAGGGUAAUAAGCUGGUGAGAGGGUUCUGGGUGUAAGGAAGAGGGGUUUGGCUAUCCUCUGGGUUGGGGGCUGGAGGGAUUCGACAUAAUAGUAAGAUAGGGUCUGAGUAUUUCUAAAGGGGUUUUGGGUAGUAGGAAAAGUGUGCGUGAAAGUUUUAAGGCUCUGUGAGGGGUAGUCUGGAUAUUCCUGGAUUGCGUUAUCUUUCUGCAGAGAUCUUUCUGCAAAGCAGAGAAACUAAGUUGUUAAUGAAGAGGAGGUCUGAUUAUCGCUGGAGUGGGUUAGGGUGGGUUUGGCCUUUUUGCAAAGAAGAGGGGCUUAGGUUGAUAUGAAGAGGGGAUCUGGGCGUCCCUAGAUGGGUUAGGGAGGGAGGGUGGGGUCUUUUUUGCAAAUAAGAAAAUACUAGGUUAAUAAUGCGAAAGGGGGUCUGGGUGUCCCUGGCGUGGGUUUGUAAGGAAGGGUUUAAGUUGAUGUGAAGGUGGUAUGUGGGCAUCCCUGAGAUGGGUUAGGGUGGGUCAUUUUGUAAAGAAGAGGAGCUGAAGUUGACAUGAAGAGGGGUGUGGGUAUCCCCAUAGUGGUUGGGGUGGUUGUGUAUGAAGAUGAGGCAUUUAAGUCAAUGUGAAGAGGGGAUCUGGGUACCGGAGAGGACAUAAGGAUUGUAGGUGAGGUCUCAGCGUAAAGAAGAGGUAAUUACGGUGAAGAGUAUCUUGAAUUAGGGUGGUGAGUAGAAUCCAGGUGUGAAGAAAGGGUUAGGUGUUUUUGAAAUGGGGCUGGGUAAUCUGGAUAGGGGGUUGGGUUGUAGGAGAGGGCUUUGGUAUAUAGAGAGAAAUUUGAAGUCGGGGAUCUGGGUAUCAUGGGGAGUGGUGAAGGGGGAAAAAGUGUAAAAUGUGAUGGGUUAGGCCAACAUGAGACAAGUUGAUUGAGGGAAGGGAGAGUUUGAGGAGUCUGGGCACCAGAGGGAGAGACCGUGUAUACUAGAUGUUGGGGGUAAAGGAGAGGGACUGUACCCUGUGAAGGCCCUGAAAGUGGCGGGCCCCUGUGGCAGUCCUCUGGGUGUAAAUAGAAGUCAGGAACCUGGGGGAGGGAACAAAGGGGGAGUGAGGCUGGGAGAAGUGGCAGCGGUCAGGGCCUGUGAGGACGCUCCCGGGCACCUGGGAGCGGGAAUGGGGUAGCGAGUUGGUAAGAAGAGGAAGUCAGUGGAAGGAGGUUUGAGUGGAGAAGACACAGGCUCCUGUGUGAUGGGCGUGGCUGUGGGCCAGCUGUGAGGCACGGGAGCCCAGGGCCUCACUGCCACCAUGACUGAGGAGUCGGAGGAGACGGUCCUGUACAUUGAGCACCGCUAUGUCUGCUCUGAGUGCAACCAGCUGUAUGGAUCCCUGGAGGAGGUGCUCAUGCACCAGAACUCCCAUGUGCCUCAGCAGCACUUUGAGCUGGUGGGCGUGGCUGACCCUGGAGUCACUGUAGCCACAGAGGCAGCUUCCGGCACGGGCCUCUAUCAGACCCUGGUGCAGGAGAGCCAGUACCAGUGCCUAGAGUGCGGGCAGCUGCUGAUGUCGCCCAGCCAGCUUCUGGAGCACCAGGAGCUGCACCUGAAGAUGAUGGCUCCCCAGGAGGCAGUGCCAGCCGAGCCACCACCCAAGGCACCUGCCCUGAGCUCUAGUACCAUCCACUACGAGUGUGUGGAUUGCAAGGCUCUCUUCGCCAGCCAGGAGCUCUGGCUGAACCACCGGCAGACGCACCUCCGGGGCACUCCCACCAAGCCUCCGGCCCCGGUUGUCCUGGGGUCCCCGGUUGUCCUGGGGCCCCCUGUGGGCCAGGCCCGCGUGGCUGUGGAGCACUCAUACCGCAAGGCAGAAGAGGGUGGGGAGGGGGCCGCUGUCCCUUCUGCUGCUGCCACCACCGCUGAGGUGGUGACUGAGGUGGAGCUGCUCCUCUACAAAUGCUCCGAGUGCUCCCAGCUCUUCCAGCUUCCGGCCGACUUCCUGGAACACCAGGCCACCCACUUCCCUGCUCCUGCCCCGGAGGCCGAGGAGCCUGCCUUGCAGCAGGACACCCUGACUCCGUCCCCUGCAGAGGUGCCCGCGUCUCAGCCUGAUCCCCUGCCGUCCUCUGACCACAGUUACGAGCUGCGCAACGGUGAAGCCGUUGGGCGCGAUCGCCGGGGGCGCAAGACCCGCAGGAACAACAGCGGAGAGCCGGGCGGGACGGCCGCCCAGGAGCUCUUUUGCUCCGCCUGUGACCAGCUCUUUCUCUCCCCUCACCAGCUACAGCAGCACCUGCGGAGUCACCGGGAGGGCGUCUUUAAGUGCCCUCUGUGCAGUCGUGUGUUCCCCAGCCCUUCCAGUCUGGACCAGCACCUUGGAGACCACAGCAGCGAGUCUCACUUCCUGUGCGUGGACUGCGGCCUGGCCUUUGGCACCGAGGCCCUCCUCCUGGCCCACCGGCGAGCCCACACCCCGAAUCCUCUGCAUUCGUGUCCGUGUGGAAAGACGUUUGUCAACCUCACCAAGUUCCUGUAUCAUCGGCGUACGCACGGGGCGGGGGGUGUCCCUCUGCCCACAACACCAGUCCCGCCAGAGGAGCCUGUCAUUGGUUUCCCUGAGCCAGCCGCAGCAGAGACUGGAGACGCAGACGCCCCGGAGCCCCCUGUGACCGAAGAGAGCCCGGGAGGGCCCGCCGCCCCAGGCACCUACCGCUGCCUCCUGUGCAGCCGCGAAUUUGGCAAGGCGUUGCAGCUGACCCGGCACCAGCGUUUCGUGCACCGGCUGGAGCGGCGACACAAGUGUGGCAUCUGCGGCAAGAUGUUUAAGAAGAAGUCUCACGUGCGUAACCACCUGCGCACGCACACGGGCGAGCGGCCCUUCCCCUGCCCGGACUGCUCCAAGCCCUUCAACUCGCCCGCCAACCUGGCACGCCACCGGCUCACGCACACGGGGGAGCGGCCCUACCGGUGCGGGGACUGUGGCAAGGCUUUCACGCAGAGCUCCACCCUGAGGCAGCAUCGCCUGGUGCACGCCCAGCACUUCCCCUACCGCUGCCAGGAGUGCGGGGUGCGUUUCCACCGCCCCUACCGCCUGCUCAUGCACCGCUACCACCACACGGGCGAGUACCCCUACAAGUGUCGCGAGUGCCCCCGCUCCUUCUUGCUGCGCCGGCUGCUGGAGGUGCACCAGCUCGUGGCCCACGCUGGGCGCCAGCCCCACCGCUGCCCAUCCUGCGGGGCUGCCUUCCCUUCCUCGCUGCGGCUCCGCGAGCACCGCUGCGCGGCUGCUGCCGCACAGGCCCCGCGGCGCUUCGAGUGCGGCACCUGCGGCAAGAAAGUGGGCUCGGCUGCCCGGUUGCAGGCGCACGAGGCGGCGCACGCGGCUGCCGGGCCCGGAGAGGUCCUGGCUAAGGAGCCCCCUGCCCCUCGGGCCCCUCGGGCCGCUCGCACGCCUGUGGCCGCCCCGACCGCCUUGGGGGGCGCGGCCCCCGCGGCCCCCGCGGCCCCGGCCCGACGCCGGGGCCUGGAGUGUAGCGAGUGUAAGAAGCUGUUCAGUACAGAGACGUCGUUGCAGGUACACCGGCGCAUCCACACGGGCGAGCGGCCGUACCCGUGUCCGGACUGCGGCAAGGCCUUCCGCCAGAGCACCCACCUGAAGGACCACCGGCGCCUGCACACAGGCGAGCGGCCCUUUGCCUGCGAGGUGUGUGGCAAGGCCUUCGCCAUCUCCAUGCGCUUGGCAGAGCAUCGCCGCAUUCACACGGGUGAGCGGCCCUACUCGUGCCCAGACUGUGGCAAGAGCUACCGCUCCUUCUCCAACCUGUGGAAACACCGCAAGACCCACCAGCAGCAGCAUCAGGCCGCCGUGCGCCAGCAGCUGGCAGAGGCGGAGGCUGCCGUGGGGCUGGCCGUCAUGGAGACUGCGGCAGAGGCGCUGCCCCUGGUGGAGGCCAUCGAGAUCUACCCUCUGGCUGAGGCCGAGGGGGUCCAGAUCAGCGGCUGACCCCGUCCCUUCUCCCCCUUCAGCACCGCCAUGUCCCGUUGCUGAAGAACCUCCUCCAGCAUUCCCUCAAAUCUGUAGAUACCGUGCCCCUCUCUCCAUCUCUCCCAACAGCCGUGUAAGUUCUGUAACUGGAUUUAUUCUCUCUUGUGAGGGGGUUGCUCUGGGGUCCUUGAUGUGCGUAAAGGUGCCCCCCCCCCCACCUUCCACCUUUUAGCACUGGUGGUCCCAAGAUGGAACAGUCAAUAAAGACUGAGUUGGACGUUUAUGUGUUUCUGUCUGGCCCAGCUGUGUGG